CAUACCAAACACAAGGUGUCUCUUCUAACAUUUUCUUAUGAAAAAAAAUAAAAAUCAUUCUAACUUCAUAACAAAGCCAAAGACUAUUCCAUAAUAGAUACAAUACUAUUUUUACUUCUCUAUAUUCUUUCAUUCAUCAUAAUAGCCUUCUUCAUUAUAACUUUCAUAACUACCACUAUUACUACUGCCCUCUACUCCAUUCUACUACUACUGUCUCUCUUCUCUUCUCUUUUCUUUUUCUUCAUAUGAUGUUCUUUUGAUAUCAUUACAUAGGAAUUAUAAUCAUUCACAUAUAUGGAAAGAAGGUUCACCGUUCUUCGGUUCUCUUUUAGUUCGUGUUCUUCUCAAUCUAGCGUUGAUGUUGUCGAAAAUCCAUCAAAGAAAACCAAACUGGAUCCUGGUUCAUCUACAAUACAAGGAGGAGCAGAAAAAGAAGAUAGAUUAAAAGUGAAGAAAUACUCAUCUAAUAAGUUUCAUAUAGCAAUUCAGAAACCAAACAACAUAUCUUUGGGGAUACAAAGAAUUCUCAAGAGUUUCAAAUCCUUCUCUCAGAUUUUUGCCUAUAAAGAUGAAGAAGAAGAGGAUGAUGAUGAAGAUAUAGAAAUGGAGAUAGGGUUACCAACAGAUGUGAAGCAUGUGGCACAUAUUGGAUGGGAUGGAUCUACUACUACUACCAAAUCAAAUACAACAACACUAUCAAACAAUGCUUUAAAAGAUUGUUUCAUAUGGGAAAACUUAAACACUCAUUCAAAUGAUGAGAAGGGGGGUCAUCAAAAUGAAUCACUUGCUAACACUUCAAUCUCAUUGAGGCAGUUUGAACUUGCCAUGGCUGCACAAGCUAAUAAUAAUGGCCAUAAUGCAACAACAACACAACCUCUUGUUUUUCGUUCUUUAAAAAAGCCCAUUACUACUACUACUUCUUAUUAGUGAUGCAUUUUAUAAUAAUGAUUGUUUAAUGAUGAUAGAUUUGAUUUUUCAUCAUUGUUAUUGCGUGUGUUGUAUAUUCAUGAAUGAGAUAUAUCGGAAUUUUCUUUUUUUCA